GUCACACCUUUCCACCUCGUCGGUUGAGCCCGCCCAGAGUUACAGAACCUCGACGGUACGAUGCUUCGACGAUGCCCACUCGCUUAAUCCCGCUACACAGUCACCCGUUUGCGACGCGAUGAGGCUGGUCUUGGGCUUGGGCCGGCUCUCCUUUCGUGCGCAGCAGUCUACUGCCCGCAUCGUAACCGCGCCCCCGUCGUUCAGUGGUUGUCGCUCUCGACUUUCCCUGCGCAUCUUCUGGUCCAAUUCGAGGGGCCGAUCAUGGCACAAAGUGCGAUCCACGUCCAGGGUGCUGAUGGCGGCGGGAAAUAUGGCCCUCGGUGCCGCCGCCUUUGUUGAGCUCUCGGGAGAUGAAAACGGCGACAGCAAAGAUACCGCCGAGAAGCGCAUGCUCCAGGUGUCGAGGGACGAGAUUAAGAAGAAGGUUGACGACGACGAUACUGGCUUCCGACGCCUGCGACACCAGGUUGCCCUCUAUCUGGACCUGUAUAUCUGGGAGCCAAUCUGCACUGGCUUCCGAUUUCUGCAGCUGGUCGCCAUCUUCGUGCCGGUGAUCCUGACGGUCCCAGCGAUUUGGGUGGGUGGCCGUCGGCCCAAUCGCAACAAUGAGCGGACAGGGACCAUCUGGUGGUAUGCGUUCCUCGUCAAGGCCAUGGAACGGGCCGGUCCGGCGUUCAUCAAGCUGGGACAAUGGGCUGCAUCCCGGACCGACAUCUUCCCCAACGAGUUGUGCGAGAUAAUGUCCAAGCUGCAUUCGAAUGCGCCGGCCCACUCUCUCCACGCGACGAAGCGGAUCGUCCGAGCCGCCUUCGACGGCCGCGACUUCGACGAGAUCUUUGACGAGUUCGACGAGACACCACUGGGUGUGGGUGCCAUCGCUCAGGUAUACAAAGCCAAGUUGAAGCCUGACCUCGCGGCGCCGGGAGAUGUCGACGUCCAGACGCCCCGGGACUUCCGGCGCAAUGUGCGAAGGAAUGUGCAGACGGUCCUGAAAAGCACGCCAAAGCGGGUGCCCUCCUCGUACGUCGCAGUCAAGGUCCUCCAUCCAGGCGUCGAGCGGACAGUCCGCCGAGACCUCUGGAUCAUGGGCUUCUUUGCGUCGAUCCUCAACGCGAUACCGACCAUAGAGUGGUUGUCACUGCCGGACGAGGUGCAUCAGUUUGGCGAGAUGAUGAAGCUGCAGCUGGACCUCCGCAUCGAGGCCGCCAACCUAGUUAUCUUCCGCAACAACUUCAAGGAGCGCACCACGGCCUGGUUCCCCUUCCCGUACACCGAGUUCACCACGCGCAAUGUGCUCGUCGAGGAGUUUGCGCAGGGCAUCCCGCUCGCUGACUUCAUGGAGAACGGAGCCGGCGUGUUCCGGCAGGCGAUUGCCUCGGAGGGGCUCGACGCCUUCCUGCGCAUGCUGCUCCUGGACAACUUCAUCCACGCCGACCUCCACCCCGGCAACAUCAUGGUCCGGUUCUACGAGUCCGACCAGCCCGCACUACCCCUUUCUGGGAGCUCCACUUGGCAGCACGGGGGCGGCGACCAUCGGCCGCCCGACGUGACCGAGGAGGUCCUUUCCCGGCUGCGACCGUUCCGGCACAAGGCCAAUAUGGCGGCCUGGGAGGCAGAGCUCGCCAAGAUCGACGCCGAGGGCUUCCGGCCGCAGCUGAUCUUCAUCGACACGGGGCUCGUGACGGAGCUGAACGCGACGAACCGGCGCAACUUCCUCGACCUGUUCCGGGCGGUGGCCGAGUUCGACGGGCACAAGGCAGGCCACCUGAUGUGCGAGCGGUGCAGGCAGCCGGACGCGGUGCUGGACAAGGAGGUGUUCGCGCUCAAGAUGCAGCACCUCGUGCUCGGGGUCAAGAGCCGGACGCUGGCGCUCGGGAACGUCAAGAUCGGCGACGUGCUCAAGGAGGUACUGGGCAUGGUGAGGCAGCACCACGUGCGGCUCGAGGGCGACUUCGUCAACGUCGUCAUCAGCAUCCUGCUGCUGGAGGGCAUCGGCCGGAGCCUGGACCCGAACCUCGACCUGCUGAGCAGCUCCCUGCCCAUCCUCAGACAGCUGGGUGCCCAGAGCGGGAAGGAUAUGGUCAGGAUGGGCGACUUCUCCAUGUUGAAGCUUUGGGUUGGCCUGGAGACGAGGAGGUUCAUGCAGGCGAGCAUUGAGGAUGUUGAGCGUUGUGUGAAAUACGAUCUCCUGUCACCGAAUGUGUAAGCUAAGAUAGUAGGGUAGGUAGUUGACCGGCGUUUUGGGACGAGGGCAUUUUUGAUGGAGGUGCAUACCUAGACAUAACAGAUUACAUAUAAACACGACUCAGCAUAGACCAACCUUGG